AAAAUAAAAAAAGCAAUAAAUACCAAAACAGGAAAAUGUUACCACCACCACCACCCCCUCCAUUCAAAUUUUUACACCUUCUCAGUCCCUCCACCUAAUGACCAAAGCACCCCUCUCUUAUAUAAAUAAAUGUCUCUGCCGCUUGCUUUUUUAAUUAUUUUAUAGCAAUGACCUUUUUCAUUUAUUUCUUUUUAUUAAACAUUAUAGAGGUCAACAGACAUUUAUAUAAUUAUAUAAGGUAGUCAUAGCGAGAAGACUCUCAAACCAGAACUGAGAUCAAACAUCAUCACCAGAGUCUUUUACACCCCAUAACACAAGGUCUCAUCACACGUUGACAGAUCAUCAUCAUUUAGGUUUUUACCAUUCUCAGUAGGUGAAAACUUUUCCUAAUUUUACAGUCUUUGUUUUGCCUUUGACUUAGUAUCAUCAAAAGGUAUCGUAUCACAUCUUAAAAUCAAAUGGUGAUAUGAUUAUACUGCAGCAGCAAUACAACUGGCGCUACGGAGUUCCAACUCCAUAUCAACUAAAGAACUCCGAACCCAUAUUAACUAUUCAUAAAAUCGAUCAUGAUUCGAUUGAUUUUUAUGUCUUAACUUGUACCAGAAAAAGUGAAUCAAGUAUUCCAUUAAAGGGGAAGGUUAUUAUAUGUCAUGGAUAUAGUGAACAUUCAUUAAUGUAUCUUCGAUUAAUGGAAUUUUUAUUGUCAUUAGGAUAUGAGAGUUUAAUCUAUGAUCAAAGAGGUUGUGGUAGAACAUCUCUUGGUAAAGAUAGAGGUGAUAGUGGUGAUAGUCAAGAAGUAGUGGUUAAUGAUAUGAGUCGUAUGAUUGAAGAAUUCUUUGAUAUUGAUAUCGAACCUCAAGACAGAACUAUCACCUAUAAUUUAAUCGGUCAUUCCAUGGGAGGUGGUAUUGUGUUAACUUAUUUAAAUAGUGGUCGCUACAAAGAUUUAAUCAAUAACGCUAUUGUGUCAUGUCCUUUAAUUAAACCUCAUAAAUCAUUAGAACCUCAUUCCUUUAUUUAUUUUAUUUUCAUUUACUUUGCAUAUUAUUUUCCAAAAAUGAGAUAUUUUGGACAAAUUCCAAAACAUUAUCAAGAAUUAAAGUCAUUAACGUCAUCUCCAGAAUGGCAAGAAUACCUCUAUACUGAAUUAUUAUGUAGAAAUGGUGGUACAUUUGGUCAAUUAAGUCAUAUGAUGCAAAGAGGUAAAGCCUUAUUAUCAGCAGAUCUUGAUUAUAAUCCAAAUUUAAAUCUUUUAAUCUUACAAAGUAAUUCAGAUUUGAUUGUAAGUGCCGAAGCGGUUGAAUCGUUUUAUAAUCGAUUAAAAUUAAAAAAGAAAUCAUUUAUUAAAAUAAAUGGUCAUCAUGCAUUAUUCAUAGAAACUGAUCAAAUAUUUAAUGAAAUUUCAAAAAUAAUUGAAGUGUUUUUAAAGUGAAUUAAUCUAUU